AAGUCAUCAUCCACCCUACAAUGCCACCAAAGAAGCGUCAGCAGUCAUCAGAGAAGGAAGCUAACACUUCCAAGAAAACAAAGCUCGAUCCAUCAAACUUGAAACCAUCACAAUGUCUCUACAUUAAGAACCUUAAUGACAAAAUUAACCGCCAACUACUUAAACACAAUUUGUAUUUGUUAUUUUCGACAUUCGGAGACGUCAUAGAGAUCCGUAUUCGAAAGGGAUUCGCCCAUGUGUUGUUUGGAGACAUACCACUGGCCACCGUUGCUUUACGCAGUCUACAGCUGGAGGAAUUCUUUGAUAAGCCAUUAGUUAUCAAUUACUCUGUCAAUGAAUCUAAAGUAAUAACUAGACUACUGGGGCAUAUACAAGAGGGGGGCGAGGAUGAAGAUGUCCCUCGCUACGAAGAAGAAGAAGAAGAUUAACGUAAUUUUAAAGCAUCUUUGAAUGCAUUGAUGACACAGUCAGGCACACCCAAUCCAUCACCAAAUACAGUCCCGCCAAAGGAAAGAAGGUAUUGGCCAUCCUUGACGAUUUGAUCCACUUCACGAUGAGUCUCCACAUACCCAACUUCAUACUGUGGAAUAGCGUCUCUGUGAUAAUUACACGAAAUAAUUAAGUCAUUAUCCUUGACAUCUUCAACAGUGUCUCCAUCGACAACCCUAAUGUUAAAUUUAGACAAGUCAACCUUCAAUUGAGCUUCAAGAACUUGUUUAACAAUCUUUAUGUUUAUAGAUUGAGAAGGCAUCCCCCAUUGUGAAUAAUAGUGCCCUCCCAUCAUAAUUGUAAUCUUAUCAUAAUCUAAUUCCUUCUUGUCAAUUUUGUUAAACAAUCCAACGGCAUUUUUUUCCACUUCAGAAUCGAAAAUCACCCCUAAAAGAGCCUGUGGGUUUGAAUGGACAUUUCUAAAUCUUGGAACUAAGAACCCAAACCCGCUUUUGUCAGCCGGGAUCAACUUGUUGGAUCCUUUAGUGUAAAUGUUACAUAAGAAUACAGUACCAUAAUUAACAGAUUUCAAAUGAGGAACAAGUGAAUUGGUGCUGGGUAAUGCCUUGGCAACCAGAUUCACGUUUAUAGUUGACCGAAUGUGGUUGAACUUUUCUCCAUUGACUGUUCCCUUUACCGGAUCUAAUUCAGUUAUAGGUGUAUUGUAGUGGAAAGUUAUGUUAUCACGUUUAGCCAAGUAUUCAGUUAGUUGAUGAGGCAAUACUUCCAAACCAUGUUGUAAUGAAACCAUUGGACAAUUUUUUGCUUGGGUUUUCAAUCCAACAAAGUUUGCAUUGGGUGAUAUUAAGCUUUCAUAAGUUUGUAAAUUAGAUGAUAACCCUGUUUCCUUCUUCUUGGCUCUCAUUAGUUUCAAUAUAUGUCUUAUAAUUGAUCCUGAUUCUCUUUCCAUAUCUUUCAAUUGGGGGAGAACAGUACUAACACUUAGUUUUCCAACAUCCCCGGCAUAUAUACCAUGGAAAAUGGCACUCACGACAUUGUCCGUUAGCACAUCACUGCCAAACCGCCUCUUUAUAAACUGUUCCACAGUCUCAUCUUCAAGGUUUGGCUUCACAAACGGUUCUUUAAGAAUACCCCAUACCAAACUGGGAUCAACCACAUUGACCUUCGUCAAGAACUUGAACAAGGUACUUAUCGAGUUAGGAACCUGCACAACCUCACCGGCUUGGUUCAUAAUGUACUUUUUAUUAGCCGGCGAAUUGGCGUGCACGACUUGAAUCUCAUCCAGUAAUCCCAAUUCACGAAGGAUAUCAAGAAUGAUAAGCGUACCGUCCUUGAUCCCACGCAAUGUUCGUGGUCCUUUUUCAAGUACUAUGUCUUGGCCCGAGGAGUCAACGUGCAAGUAAGAUGAGUUGAUCCAUCCAGCUGGCCUGCUUGAUUUUUCAAAUACGUGGAAUUGCAAAUCAGGACGGAGCUUGCUGAGGAAAUAAGUGAAUGACAAGCCCAGGAUACCUGCUCCUAGAACUGCUACUUUUGAAUUGGCCGGUAAUAACGAAGACAUGGACUGUGUUGUUGUUGUUGUUGUUGUUGCUGCUGCUGUGGUUGGAAAUGCUCGAGCUGUUGUUGGUU